CCUAGUAACGAGACGCUUUCAGGCACUACAGACGCUGUGAAUGUGUACUAGCCAACUGAUUAGCUACAUAGGUAGCUAGCUAGCUAGCUCUUAUUAGCGACUUUAAAAAAUAAAGAAGGAAACUCAGUGCGACCAUUCGUCCAGUUCCCUAACGGUGUGAUAUUUAACUUGCUAACAUAAAUUUGAAGAUGUCACUGAGGACGCUACCACUGCUUUUUAUUAAUCUUGGCGGAGAAAUGCUGUAUAUCCUGGAUCAACGCCUUCAAGCCCAGAAUAUAGCAGUCGAUAAAGCCAAGAAAGCUGAUUGGACUGGGGAGGACAGGAAACGAGUCAUGAAUGACAUCGUCACCACCAUGUUCAACAGGAAGUUUAUGGAGGAGCUUCUGAAGCCGCAGGAGGUGUACUCCAACAAGGCCCUGAGGACGGUGUUCGAGCGCCUGGCCCACUCCUCCAUCAUGAGGCUGAAUCACGCCAGCAUGGACAAGCUCUAUGAUCUGAUGAUCAUGGCAUUCAAAUACCAAGUCCUGCUCUGCCCGCGGCCCAGAGACCUGCUGCUGGUGUCCUUCAACCACCUGGACGCAGUCAAGAACUUUGUGAAGGACGUGCCCGCCAUCUUCAACCAGGUGGAAGAGACGCAUCGGCUGCUGAUUGAGAUGUACGUGCCACUGUCAGCAGGAGAGUUCCAGUUGAUCAGACAAACGCUGCUCCUCUUCUUUCAGGACUUACACAUCAGGGUGUCGCUUUUUCUCAAGGACAAAGUUCAGAACUCCAACGGUCGUUUCGCCCUCCCAGUUACAGGGCCCGUUCCCUACGGGGUAGAGGUUCCAGGGGUAAUCAGGAUAUUUGGCCCGCAGGGGAAGGAGGUGAAGCGGACUCCGUUUCCGCCCGUUGGAACCUACUCCAGCGCUGUCCGCGAGGGCUCCUUCGACGUGUUUGGGGACAGAGCGACAGUGCUGGGCACAAACAUGUACUGCGUGAGCCGCCCAGUUGAGACGCACCUGUUGGCCAAGUCCAAGGCCUCUUCCCAGCAUGCCAAGAAGAACGCAGCGCCCAAUCCACUGGCCAAAGAGGAGCUGAACCUGCUGUCCAGGCUGAUGGGGCGUUUGGAUGUUCAGAGCCCCGCCCACUCCGGCUUCAGGUUCCGGGUCAACCUCUUCUCCACGGACGAGGAAGAGGAGGAAGCCUUCUUGUCUAGACCUGACAACCUGUCAUACGAAGUUAUAAAUAUCCGCGCAAUACAGGACCAGCAGGCCAAUGGGGAACUGGCUCGGAUCAUGGGAGAGUUCCAAGAGGAGGCGGAGCCCUCGCAGCAGCCCGGCAGUAAGGGGGAGGAGCUUCUAGCCAUGAUGGACGGGCUGUGAUGCCUUUGGCAGAGGGCUUUGCAAGGCUCUUAGCUCCAUGCAAUAAACCUCAUCUGACACACACACAGUAUGCUACGCUCACCCUGACGUCACUUUGUGGUGCUGCCUUGUCGGCAGUUUCGUACAUAUACAGUGAGCUCCAUGUUUUGGACGUCACAUUAAGACAUUUUUUCUUGAUUUGGCUCUGUACUCCUCAAUUUUAGAUUAUUAAUCAAACAAUUCACGUGAGUUAAAGUACAUAUUCUCAGCUUUUAUUAAUUAAAGUGCAUUUUAAUACAUUUUGGUUUCACCAUGUAGAAAUUACAGCACUGUUAUACAUAUCCCCCUCAUUUCUGGGAACCAUAAUGUUUGGGACAGAUGGCUUCACAGGUGUUUCUGAUUAGUCAGGUGUGUUCAAUCGCUUCCUUUGAACAGGUAUAAGAGAGCUUUCAGUAUCUAGUUUUCAUUCUGGACUUCUGAUUGGCUUUGGAGUCUGUUAUUAGUGUUUAUCAACAUGAGGACCAGAGUUGUGCCAAGGAAAGUCAAGAAAGCCAUUAUGAGGCUGAUAAAUAAGAAAAAAAUGUCAGAGACAAAGGCCAAACAUUAGGCUAACAAAAAUCAACUGUUUGGAAUAUUAUUAAGAAGAAAGAGAGCACUGGUGAGCUCAGUAAUCACAAAGGGCCUGGUAGGCCAAAGAAGACCUCAACAGAACAAAAAUGUAUGGUGCCCUGAAAUGGGGGGCUAUGUACAAAAAGUGGUCAUUUCUACAUAGUGAAACCAAAGUGUAUAAUAUCGUCAAAUAAAAGCUGAGAAUGUGCACUUUAACCACGUAUGAAUUGUUUGAUUACAACUGUCAUAUCAAUAAGUUAUUCGUUUGUUUUGUUUUUUUACAAAACCCUCGUCACUUAAGACUUUAAAAACUACAGGGAUUGUGUGAAUUAUAGUGACUAAUACUGUGUGGUUUAUUAUAGAUUUUAAGAUGGUGCUCGGUCUAGUAGCUCAGCCGUGGUGGAUGAAGUUGCCCAUUUUCUCAGGGUUCCCUAUUUUCAGUCUUCAGUCAACAUCGUAAACCUUCUGAAGUUGUUAGUGUGUGUACACGUUUACUGUUCUGUAUGCACUUUAUACUGUUAUGGAUGAAUGCGUGUGUGUGUGCACGCGCGUGUGAAACAUGAAAACAUUUAGGGUCAGUUGCAGCAUGACCGGAGAACUGCAUUACAACUGCAACAGCUAUUCAGAGCUGUGAAAUAAGGAUCCGCACGUAAUGCACGUUUACCUGAGAUUUAAAACUCAAGCUAAGCGCUUUGCCAUUGACCCAGAGUGUUGUGCUU